CUCGCGGGAUCCGGGCUCCCGCUCGACGCCGGCUUUCUCCUCGACGCCCAGCCGGCGGGGGUCGCCAUGGUUCACUUCUUGCACCCGGGGCUGUCGCCCCGGACCAUCGCCCUUCCCGACGCUCAGAAGGAUGCCCUGGGCAGCUGCGUGGUGCAGGAGGAGGCAUCUCCCUACUCUUUGGUCAACAUCUGCCUGCACGUCCUGAUUGCUAACCUGGAGAAACUGUGUUCUGAAAGAUCUGAUGGAACACUAUGCCUUCCGGAGCAUUGGAGUUUCCCUCAGGAAGUAGCUGAUCGAUUCCUUGGGGUGAUGACUUGGCAAGGAAAGCUGACUGAUAGAACAGCAAGCAUUUUCCGGGGCAACCAAAUGAAACUGAAGCUGGUCAAUAUUCAGAAAGCUAAAAUCUCUACAGCUGCAUUCAUAAAAGCCUUCUGCCAUCACAGACUCAUUGAACUGGAUGCUACUGCAGUGCACACUGACCUCCCAGUCCCAGACAUCAUAAGUGGACUCUGCAGCAAUAGCUGGAUCCAGCAAAACCUCCGGUGUCUCCUGUUGGACUCAACAAGCAUCCCUCGAGAUUCAAGAGUGCUAUACUUUGGUCAGCUCACUGGUCUUCGCAUUUUAAGUGUUUUCAAUGUUUGUUUUCAUAGUGAAGACCUGGCUAAUGUUUCUCAGUUACCAAAACUGGAAAGCUUGGAUAUCUCUAAUACUCUAGUCACUAACAUCUCUGCCCUCCUUACCUGUAAGAAUCGACUCAAAUCUCUCACAAUGCACUAUCUAAAAUGCCUGACCAUGACCAAAUCGCAAAUUCUCGCAGUCAUUAGAGAACUUAAAUGUCUGCUUCACCUUGAUAUUUCUGAUCACAGGCAACUCAAAUCAGAUCUGGCUUUUCAUUUGCUGCAGCAGAAGGAUAUUCUGCCUAAUGUUGUGUCACUGGAUAUUUCGGGUGGCAGUGACAUCACCGAUGGAGCCGUAGAACUGUUUAUACGGCAGCGGCCUGCGAUGCAGUUUGUGGGACUGUUGGCUACGGAUGCUGGUUAUUCUGACUUCUUUACUACAAAGCAAGGCUUGAGGGUUGCUGGAGGAGUCAACAUGAGACAGAUUUCAGAAGCACUGAGCCGAUACAGGAAUAGGUCAUGUUUUAUGAAGGAGGCCCUCUACAGGCUAUUCACAGAGACAUUUUCUAUGCAGGUAACCAUGCCUGCAGUUUUAAAGCUUGUGGCUGUAGGAAUGAGGAAUCAUCCAUUGGAUUUGCCAGUGCAGUUCACAGCCAGUGCUUGCGCCCUCAACUUAACACGCCAGGGCCUGGCCAGGGGGAUGCCUGUUCGCCUGUUGUCAGAGGUCACCUGUCUACUUUUCAAGGCUCUGAAAAAUUUCCCCCAUUAUCAGCAGUUACAGAAGAAUUGUCUUCUCUCCUUAACCAAUUCCAGGAUUCUUGUGGAUGUCCCAUUUGACAGGUUCGAUGCUGCCAAGUUUGUUAUGAGAUGGCUCUGUAAGCAUGAAAACCCCAAAAUGCAAACGAUGGCAGUGAGCAUCACUUCGAUUCUAGCCCUGCAGCUCUCACCUGAGCAAACUGCACAACUUCAAGAAGAGCUCUUUAUGGCAGUGAAAGAACUUCUUGCAAUAGUAAAACAAAAGACUACUGAGAAUUUAGAUGAUGUCACCCUCUUGUUUACUUUGAAAGCACUUUGGAAUCUUACAGAUGAGUCUCCAGCUGCCUGCAAGCACUUUAUUGAAAAUCAAGGAUUGGCAAUCUUCAUCCAAGUCUUGGAGACUUUUUCAGAGUCAGCAAUACAAAGCAAAGUACUUGGUCUUUUGAACAACAUAGCUGAAGUCAGAGAACUCUCUUCUAAGCUGGUGACAGAAGAUGUGGUGAAGCAUGUCAGCAGCUUGCUCCAUAGCAAAGAAAUGGAAGUCAGCUAUUUUGCUGCAGGCAUCAUAGCCCACCUGACAUCUGACAGCCAGCCCUGGAUGUCCCGUGACCUUCAGAGGACUGCUCUUCUCCAAGAUCUGUAUGCAACCAUCCAGAAUUGGCCAAGUUCAAGUUGUAAGAUGACAGCAUUGGUGACCUACAGAUCCUUCAAGGCAUUUUUCCCGCUUCUUGGCAACUUCUCUCAACCAGAGGUUCAGCUCUGGGCACUAUGGGCUAUGUAUCAUGUCUGCAGUAAAAACCCCAGCAAAUACUGCAAAAUGUUAGUCGAAGAAGAAGGAUUGCCACUUUUGUGUGACAUCCGGGAGCACAGUGAGGCAGAUCUCCAAGCACAGAAGAUUGCAAUCUCCAUUCUAGAUGACUUCAGAAUGCAUUUUGUGAAUUAUCAGAGACACCCUCUAUGUUCAAUGCCCUUAACGUAA